AAUUCAUUGUAGUGUUUGCAGCCAUCGCAAUUAUAAUUACGAGGGUGCACAUCACGUGCGGGCUCUGCUGGGAAAAGCAAAACCGGUAUAACUACAACGGUAUUAAUGCCUAAGAAUUAUAUCUGCUUAGCAUUAUCAACACCCCAAUUUACAAAAAUAGAUAAACAGAGUUAUUGCCAUAUAAAAUAUUAUAAAUUCAACAACAAUAUAUUUUUGUAAAUACUUGUUUACUUUUCUUUUCCUUUCUUUUCAUUAUACGGUAAUCCGAAAUAAAUAGAUAGCUAUUUAGUAAGUAGCAUCGAGAAUCAGCUGUGUGUGCUUUUGGGCAAAUUAUAGAUUAACAAGGAGUAUAAACACGUUGAUAAGAUAGAUAUGACUGUUCCCAUUACAUAUCCAUCCGAUUGGAGUCAAGGUUGGUUCUUGACCGCCUUAUCGUCUUGUAUGUGUCUUUUAGGAUGCUUGGUCAUCUAUCUCGAUGACUUAUAUUAUUUUAUUAUGCCAAAAUCUAUUACAUCACGAUAUGGAUUUAAUUUAAAUGGGAAUUAUAGCUUUUUAAAUGCUUCAUUAGCAUUUAGUGCUGGAUGUUUACUUUUCACAUCUUUGUUUCGUUUGUUACCAGAAGCAUUAGAAUAUUUAAAGAAUUCAGUUACUGAUGAAGAUCCAAUUUCAGAAACUACGGAGAGAAAAUUACAAUUUAAUUUAAUAGUAUCAUAUAUCGUUGGUACUAUAGUUUGUGUACUGUUUAAUACUUUCCUUCAUUAUAUCACUAGUGAAUCUGUUGUACAUUGUAAUCAUGGAGAUCAUGAACAAGACUUAGAUAAUGCUGAUGAUAACGAGCCAUACCAUCAAAAUGAUCAUCAGACUGGAAGUGGAAGCUCAAAUUAUCAUUCUCAUGGUCAUACUCAUGGUCAUACUCAUAGUCACAUUCAUAGUCAUAGUCAUGGUCAUGAACAUACACAUACCAAUGAUGGGUCACAUAAUAGUAAAGAUCUUAUCUGUAAAAAUCCAGAAGAUCCUAAUUCUCCAGAUUCAUCAGAUACAUAUUCAACCAAUGAAUUAAAUAAUGUAAGUGAUCAACAUGUCGACCAUUCACCUGAAGAUUUGGAUGAAACCACACCGCUAGUAUCUCCUCCUCCAUUAAGACAACGUAAAUCACUUAUUCAUUAUUUUACUAUUCAUGGUGAUGGUACUGAUGAUGUAGGUGAAUGUAAAGGUUAUUCAUCAGCUGAAUUAUGUUUAUUUCAACAACAUAAUAGUGUCAAUAUGGAAUUGACAUCUUCACAACUUCACUUUUGUGAGAUUCCAGAAUUACGAACAUCUCAUCAUCAUCAACACCUUCAUCAACAUCAAAUUGAUACAAGAGAUGGUAAUUCUUCCAUGGCAGAAUCUCAUCAUCUACAAGCUACACAAUCUAAUGCUUCACAUCUUGAUCAUAAACUGGAUCAUCAUCAUCAUAUCAAUACCCCAUUAUCAAGAUUAUUAUUAAUUGGAAUUCAAACUACUUUAGCUAUUACUUUACAUAAAUUACCAGAAGGAUUUAUAACUUAUAUUACUUCUGAAACAAAUCCUCAAUUAGGUGUAUCAAUUUUUUUAAGUUUAUUAUUUCAUAAUUUUACAGAAGGAUUUUCAAUGUGUUUACCAUUAUAUUAUUCAUUUACUAAUGGAUCAACAAAGAGGAAUGCCAAAUUAAAAGCUAUUGGUAUUAGUGGAUUAUUAGGAGGUUUAGCACAACCGUUAGGAGCAUUAUUAGGUUAUUUAUUUAUAAAUUAUAAUCGUGAUAGACUUAGUGACGGUAAAGACGGGGAUAUUAUAGAUAUGGAAAGUUUAGAUUUUGUAUUUGGUAUAACUUUAUCAGUUACAAGUAGUUUCCUUACAGUUAUUGGACUUUCAAUGUAUGGAUCUGCCGUUUCAUUUGGUGGAUCACUUAAUUCCGUUAUGUCUUGGUGUAUUUUUGGUAUAUCAAUUAUUGGUUUGGCUUCAAUAGCUACAUCAUAGUAUAUAUAUUUUAUAUUUUAUAUUUAAAUUUGCAGCAAAAUACAUAUCAUUGCCGACGGUUCGCACACGCACACGCACAC